UGAGGUACUUUUUUCUGUAUGAAAAGCGCCAUAUAAAUAAAGAUUGAUUUGAUUUGAUUUGAUUAAUAUAUGAUAUAAUAGUAAUGUUGUUUUGUACAGUUUACGUACUAUAUAUAAUGAUGUAUAAGUGAUUUUAAAAGCCAGCCGGAUUCUAUUAUAGAGGGAAAUUUCCCUUAAAACUUUAAAACCAACUCAUCCAUCUAAAGAGAAUUCUCUAAGCUGGCGAUGCAGAUAUUUUCAGACUUGAAUCUCACACAUAAUUUCUCAGCAGGGUUCUUGCAACAUGUCAAACAAGUAAAGAAUGUAAAAAAAAAACCAAAGUACACAAUGUAAACUUGAGUGUGAAAUAGAAACUGUAACACUUAUCUAGAAGCUCCAAAGAAUAUUUAUGAUAUCUGGGAAUUUAAAGUAGGAUUGCGUUCAAAAAGUGUAUUUCAGUCAAUAAUGUAAAAAACACAAAACAAAAUCCCAGUGGAUCUAUCCUCAAACAUUCAAUCAUUUGAAGAAAUUCUUAAGGAAAGACUUUAAAUUUAAAUAAAAACUUGCGUCCAGACUCAUUUUGUAAGAUUAGGUGUCAUUAUUGUCAUUCCUCAUUCCUUCUUGAAUAUUACUGAAUGAAACCUGUCUGUGUUUCUCUGUUACACACUUUCACUGUCCCUACUUAGCACUUUCCAGCAGAUGUUUGUGUGUUUGGACGCUAAUGAUUAUAAACUUGUCACCACCAAUGAUUGACCAUCUUUCUGUGUGUGUGCAUGUGUGUGUGUGUGUGGACUCUGGUCCACAAGAGCAUCUGCUGUACUUCCACUGCUCACCCACACCGUGCACUCCAUUAUCCCCUAGCACAGCAUGUGUGUCAGCGCUGCAGGUGCCACAUUAAGGUGAUGUGUUUAAUCAUCAAUUCAACCAAGGGACUGCCCUCUUCACACUUACGUGAAACACUCUGUGUCCAGCAGAGAGGUCAGCUUGCGGUUCAGCCGAGAGGGGACUUUUCGCCACGAGCUGGAGUGUGUUUUUGUGUGUGUGUGUUCAUGUUGGUAUGAUUGUUUUUGCAUGUGUGUUGGAAGAGGAGUGAACAUUGUCUGGUUUUAGAGAGUGUGAUGUGUUCUUGUUGGUGUGUAGGACAUUUGCAAAGUGUUAGAUUAUGAGAGUGGGUCGAUAGCGCAGGUGUAAGGGUUACAUUCAACAGGUGUGUGUGUGUGUGUGGCUGUAAGGAUAGGGCAAUACGAGAAGCAAACCUGUGUGUUUUUGGAGCAUUAUUAAGUGUGUGUGCACUGUUGUAAAUAUCGAGGAUGUCUAACUCCACCGUCAGCUUCUACGACCGGCCUCAGUCCUUCAGCUUCUCUGACAUUAUUGUCAUAGCAACGUACUUUCUUCUCAACCUCGCUGUCGGCAUCUGGGUGAGAGUUGAAGGAGCACAUAUGCGUGUUUUUUCCCGCGUAUGUGUGUUGAUGCUUGUGCGUAACAGUUAUCUCUGUCAGUCAUCAUGCAGGGUCAGCAGAAAUACUCUGAGCGGAUACUUCCUGGCUGGACGGGACAUGGCCUGGUGGCCGAUUGGCGCGUCUCUAUUUGCCAGUUCGGAGGGUUCUGGUCUGUUUAUUGGUCUGGCUGGAACUGGAGCUGCUGGAGGCAUCGCUGUCACUGGCUUUGAAUGGAACGCCACUUAUGUGCUGCUGGCUCUGGCCUGGGUUUUUGUGCCUGUCUACAUUUCCUCAGGGAUCGUGACGAUGCCGGAGUACCUGGGCCGUCGUUUCGGAGGAGAGAGGAUCAGAACGUACCUGGCUGUCCUCUCACUGCUGCUCUCCGUCUUCACAAAGAUAUCAACUGACCUGUACUCUGGAGCCUUGUUCAUUCAAGUGUGCCUGGGCUGGAACCUCUACCUGUCCACUGUCCUCAUGCUGGUGGUCACUGCUCUCUACACAAUUGCAGGUGGUCUUGCUGCUGUCAUCUACACCGACACUCUACAGACAUUCGUCAUGAUAAUAGGAGCAAUCAUUCUAACAAUCACUGCUUUCAACAAGAUUGGCGGCUACAGCAACCUGGAGCGCGUCUACAGCUUGGCGGUGCCCAGUAAGAUUAUUCCCAACAGCACCUGCCACCUGCCUCGUGAGGACGCCAUGCACCUGUUCAGAGACGCCGUCACUGGAGACCUGCCCUGGCCCGGCAUGACUCUUGGGCUCUUCAUCCUGGCCACCUGGUACUGGUGUUCUGACCAGGUGAUUGUACAACGUUCCCUGUCUGCGAAGAACAUGAGUCACGUGAAAGGAGCAUCGAUCCUGGCUGCCUAUCUGAAGUUGCUGCCCUUUAUCUUCAUCAUCCUCCCUGGCAUGAUCAGCAGAGCUCUCUAUCCAGACUCUGUAGGGUGUGUGGAUCCAGAGGAGUGUGUGCGAGUGUGUGGAGCUGAGGUGGGAUGCUCCAACAUUGCCUUUCCCACACUGGUCAUUGAACUCAUGCCAAGUGGCUUGCGUGGUCUGAUGAUAGCGGUGAUGAUGGCUGCCCUGAUGUCAUCGCUGACCUCCAUCUUUAACAGCAGCUCCACGCUCUUCACCAUGGACAUCUGGAAGAAACAUCGCCCUCGGGCCACGGAGAAAGAGCUGCUACUGGUCGGCAGGAUCGUGACUGUGAUCUUGGUGGUGGUGAGCGUUGUGUGGAUCCCCAUCCUGCAGUCGGCCAACAGCGGCCAGCUGUACGUCUACAUCCAGUCAGUGACGAGCUACCUCGCUCCACCCGUCACUGCCGUCUUCACUCUGGCUGUCUUCUGGAAGAGGACCAACGAGCAGGGUGCGUUCUGGGGCCUGAUGGUGGGAUUGGUGGUGGGUGUGUGCAGGAUGGUGCUGGAGUUCGCCUUCCCGCCGGCCAGAUGUGGCAUUGUGGACUCGGCCCCUGCGGUGCUGCGCAGUGUCCACUACCUCCAUUUCGCCAUUCUGCUCUGUGGCCUCACUGCUAUCGUGGUGACUACAGUAUCACUGCUCACACCACCGCCCACCCACGAACAGUUGUGUAACCUGACCUGGUGGACUUUGACUGAGGAGCAACCAAGAGAAAUUCCUCUACAGAAAGUGUCCUCUAUCAGCCACCGUAGCUCCCAGGGCUCUGAGCCAACACGGCGGGUGACAUGUGGUCAGGGGACAGGACUUUGCGUCUCGGCAUCGCGGCGAUCCGAAGACACUCCGGCUCCCAGAGUCCUCAGUCUUAGAGAGACUGUGUUCUGGUCCAGGUUCUGCUGUGCCAAUGCAAUCCUGCUGGUCAGCAUUAACAUUUUUCUCUAUGCAUACUUUGCCUGAGGAUCAGAUUUAACUUCCGGCCUCACCCUCCUGCUGAACUCCUGCCAAAGAUUUCUACAUUAUGGAGAAAGCGGGGAGACAAACUGUUCUGAUUUUACAUGAAUGCUUUAAAAUCCAGGGAGCAUACUGUAUAUCAGGUGAAUCAUGCAGAUGUAGCUGCAGGUGCUGUAAAAGAAAUAAAUACAAAUCAGAUCUCAAACUAGAAAUGGUGAGCGAGCAUUUACCUCCACCAACAAAAUGUACUAUUUCCAUAAAAGACCGUGUUGAGAAUUGUGUUAAUCUGCUUCUGGAUCCACAUUUGUAUCAAAUUACACAUAAUGAUAGAUAAUUAUGAGAGACACAUGCCAGAGUUUUUUACAUUCAAGUAUGUACAAUGCUCCUCUGAAACCCUGAGCAGCUCGUGUUUUGUUCAGCGUUCUCUUUUCAGAAUCACUUUAUUCCACGUACAGUGUUUCUACACGUCUCUCUUCCUUCUUUUUUUUUACAGUCAGAUUAUUGGCUUGUUCAUUAACUAGUUACCUAGUUUUAAAGUUUGAGAAGGGUUUAUACAAAUUACAGUGAAGCUUGUAGCUUGUAACAAGCUAACAUGAAUGUGCAGUUAGUGUUCAAUAAAAUGGGACUUUUAGAUAAAUGGGAAACACAUCUUGAAUUUAUAGAUUACAAUAUAUAUACAUAUAUAUGAUAGAAAGAUUAUAUGAAUAUAGUGAAAAUAUAUGUAUGUGUUUUAGGUUGUAUGUGACUUGCAUUUCUAUGUUUGUAGUAGUAAUUAUAUAGUAAUAUUUAUGGCCGUAUGUCUGUCAAAAUAAGGUUUUGUGACCCGUCAGUUAUUGUUCUUGUGAUCUUUCAUGCUAUUUAGAUUUUUUAAGAAUAUAAAUCAGAAUUCCUCAACCUUUUUCUGCUAAAAAUGCAUUAAAAAUAUACAGAAAUAA